AUGCAGCCCUUCGCCGAGCAGUUUGUCGCCCACCUCGACACCCUCAGCCCGAUCGAAAUCGAACAGACGAUCGAGGCCGUCCGCGCAGGCCACGAGCAGACUCGCAAAGAGGCACGUAACAUCAACACAAAGCGCUUCAAAGAGUCAGCGAGCCUAAAUGCAGCUACCGGCAGCCAAAGUCACGACGCAAGUAUAGUCGGCGAUGGAGAAGAUGUCGUAUUCAGAGCGGAUGAUAUCGAGAGAGGCCUCGUAGACCGCGCGGAGUUGCCAUCGGCUUAUACGGCUGCUCGAAGGUCAGUCAGCAACUCAUGGCGCAGCAUAGGUGGUGAGCCCUACUUCAAGCACAAAAUGAGUGAGGCCGAGGAGCGCUCCACCACAGUCGACUACGCAGAUCAUAGUCCAUUCUCGCAGUGGCUUCCAUUGUUUGGAGUCGGUGUGAAGCUCUUGCGAAGCGCAGACUGA